UAAAAUGUUUUAAAGGAUUGGAGUUUUCCCCUUGAAAUAAAAUCGCUGUCAGUUAGCUUUGAUACAACGUCCAGAACAGAUUUGUCUUCGUGCGAACGAAGCAGGCGGAAUUCUUGACGCUGCCCGACCAGCGCAUCAGCUAUGGCUCGACUGCUCUUUAUGUGACGCUGGUCGAUUCAAUUUUUGAAAACAGCAAAAUAGCAAUAAAAAUAAAUUAAAAACUGACUCCACAAGCACACGGCUCGAAAUGGAAAUCAUAUCCUAUGGGGCAAUCAUCGGUGAUCUGUGCUACUUCACAGCAACGUCAAUUCUCUUGAUCAGAUUUAUCAAAACAAAGUCAUGCUCAGGUUUUUCUGGAAAAAUGCAAAUUAUUUAUUCACUUGUCUUUACAACAAAAACGACAUGCUUAAUAUUUGCAUCUCCAAGCGUUACGCUGUACUACGUGCUAAAGACCAUCAUUCUCACUGUUGUUUCAUACAUUAUUUUAUACCUCAUGUACAGAAUGUAUGCAAAGACAUAUGAAAAUGAGUUUGACAAAUUUUGGAUCGAAGCAAUCAUAAUAUUCGCACUGUGUAUAUCACUUUUAGAAAGCAACGAUAUAUCAUCACCUGAAUCUAUUAUGGAAUCAUUUAGUGGUUACUUAGAAGCUUUGGUUUUGUUGCCUCAAGUUUACUUCACUUAUCGAAGUGAAGGAUAUUACAAUGUCGUAUCAAUCUACAUGCUCUUCCUUACGAUUUACAAUUCGCUUUAUAUUCUCCACUGGUUGCACCGAUACAACAGCGACGGCUCAUGGGACCCAUAUACUGGGUAUGCUACAUUCGUUGGCGCGUUUAUCGGACUGUCAUACUUCUUGCUCAUGUUUGCUCUAAAGAAAGAAUACGGCAAACCAGAGAUUCUACCUUACAAGCCGAAACCGACUCUUAUGCACCAAAAUUCACUUCUAGAAUCUCCAUUAUUAAAACGGAGUAUGCCAUCAUCAUCCUCGUUGUGCACUGUUUACACAAUAUCCCAAGAUGGAAGUAGUAACAGUUCAUCGCCCAAUGGAAGUUUGCAAGAUUUCAAAAUUGACGGACGAUACUGAAUUAAUAAAAGAUUUAAUAGAAAAAUAGUUUUAAUAUUUAUUUUUUUAUAUAUAUGUAUAUUAUAUAAGUAUGUACAAACAUUAAUUUUCGGCUGUGAAUUCUCAAAACAACAUUGUUUGGUUAUAAUUUAGUUCCUUCUAUAAACUACUUUUUUUAAGAACCAAUGAAUUUAUGUGUGCCACAUGUAUUUAAAAUUGAGUUAAGAGAAAGAAUGUGUAAAAUUAAAAUGAAUAAAUUAAACAAUAAAUUAAUAUUUUUUUUA